AUGAGCUUUCUAAACUCCGUUCUCUCCUCUAUCGAGACUGGGGAGGUGUCUAUCACCCCGCCUCCCCCACCUAAAAGUACAACCCCAGACUCGACGUCCUCAAACCAGAAGCCUUCCCUGAACUCAAAGCUGGCAGCAACCUCGAUUAGUGGAAACAGUAAUGGCUAUACAGGCACAGCCCAGAAACGAAAAGCGGAUGAACAGCUGACACGACCAGCUCCGCGGAACGAUCGAUUUUCAAAGCCGUUGCCUUCUUCUUCACCUCAACCUGUGACUCCGGCCUCACGCCUGCCUAGGGACAGCGAUGCUGCUCGUAAACCUGCGUCCAAACCGGCCUCUUCCACGACAGCUGCUUCAAAACCUGUCCUGUCUAAAACCAGUGCUGCUCCUGUUUCAACCAAGCCGCCCCCUAAGGGCUCCUAUGCAGCAAUCAUGGCCGAGGCAAAGGCACUGCAGAAUAAGGCACCGGCUGCCGUUGGGUUAAUAAAGCACCAGGCUGUUCCCAAGGAUAAGAAGAGCAAAGUUCAACAAAAGAAAAUGACAGAGGAAGCCAAACAGCGGGAUCGAGAACCCGCAAACCGGAAGUUGUCAACCGAGAAAUCUGCAGCUACCGCUCCCUCAAGGAGCACCAAAGAAGCCAUUUUGAAAGCUCGUCAAGCCGAAAUGGGCAAACAAGAGGCAUAUAAAGGUACCGCUCGUCCACGACCGGGCAGCUUGCCCCCAGCACGGUCGUCGGAGUCCUCCUACUCUGGCACAUCCGGCCUACCUUCUCGUCGUGCCCAAGGCAGAGAAGCUUCGUAUGGCCGUAUCAAGAGCCGUCGCGCUUCUAGAAAUGAGUACCUUGGGACGGACGAAGAAGACGAAGGCGACUAUGGCUAUGAAGACGAGGACGAUUAUUCUGACGAAUCCGAUAUGGAAGCGGGCUUCCUCGACGUCGAAGAAGAGGAGCAGACCGCGCUAAGAAUCGCCAAACAAGAAGAUGCCGAAGAGCUCAGGCUCGAGAUGGCAGCAAAGAAAGAAAAGAUGGAGCGCAAGAUGAAACUAAAUGCGCUUGCUAAGUCACGGCGCUAA